GCCGCGCGCGAUCGGCGCCGCGACGCGCCGAGAGAGACACGCCUGUCGCCGACAGGAAGCGGGAUCGCGUGGUUUCCACGACGGUCGGAAUCCUCGGCUUCUUCGACGCCGAUCUCCGAUCUUAUAGAUUAGAACGUGUUCAAGGAGAGAGACGGUGAAACGAAUCGAGAGCUUACAUCACUCAAAACGCACAGUUGAUUUCCGACACCGACAACUUCGGCGCGGCGCGGCACGGCGAUCAGCCGGAGCGCGAUUUCGCCGAGGGUGCGAUAAGACCGGGGGGAGGAGGAAGACGAGAAGGAGAGUCAAAGAUCCGGAGGGAUGCACGUAUCACGCCCCGCCGGCGCUUUUCAAUUACGCGAAUCUAGAUCACGAAGCUGUUAGCGAAUUAAGCGGGCUCGAGAAAGAGAGGAGCGGGACUAUGCGGGCUGGACGCGCGACGGAAAGAGGGUAGGUAACGAUCGCGCGCGUGCCGUCGCGAUGAGAAAUCGCGCUGGGACAGACGAUACGCGGGUACGAAGCAGCGACGUAACGGUGCCAUGGAGCGUGGAGGCAAGAAGAACCGGAAACCGUCGAUUCAUCCGAUAAACUCGCCCUGAACUCGUCCCACCCCCCGCUUUUUUUUUCUCGUCCGGCGCACGUUGCUGCCAAUUUCGGCGGAGUGCGAGGCACUCGGAAACGCUCGCGGGGCCGCUUUACGGAGCCUACGAGUAAUCGCUCACCCCUCCGGCGGCCUCUCGCCGGACCUCCGCUCCCGCUUACGGAGGAUCGAUCGGAGAUCGGAGGAUACGCGGCGCACGAGGAAGGAAGAUCGAUUCCCGGCACCCCGAAAACGACUAUGAGAGAUAAAAAAUGAGGUGUCUAAUCUUGACCCUCGGUCUGCUGAUGGUUUCGGUGCAAGGACCUACCCGUUGCAUGGCCGAUCACAGGACACACGAGAAUCGUGCAUCGGAGCCGCUCGAUCGAGGGCCGUACUUUGACGUCUCGGCCUCUCGCAACGUAACGGCCCUCGUCGGGAAAACAGCGACGCUGAAUUGCCGAGUACGAAAUUUGGGCGACCGUACGGUGUCAUGGGUGAGACACAGGGAUAUCCAUCUUCUCACCGUGGGCGUCGAGACGUACACGUCGGACCAGAGAUUCGUCGCGUCGCACUUCCCUCACACGGAGGACUGGACGCUACAAGUGAAAUACCCUCAACGACGAGAUUCCGGCACAUACGAGUGUCAAGUGUCCACGACGCCGCCCAUAGGUCAUUCCAUGCUCCUCUCCGUCGUCGAGCCCGUGACGGCGAUCAUUGGAGAACCGGAAAUGUACAUAAACAAGGAUAGCACAAUGAACUUGACCUGCGUCGUGCGGCACAGUCCCGAGCCACCCUUGACCAUUCAUUGGACUCACGAUCAUGAGGUGAUCAAUUAUGACAGUCCGCGAGGCGGGGUAUCGGUUAUCACGGAGAAGGGUGAAGUAACGACCUCAUACCUUCUAAUUCAACGUGCUCAAGCGGCGGACAGCGGACAAUACACCUGCCAUCCGAGCAACGCCAACACAAAGACAGUCUUAGUCCAUGUACUUAAUGGGGAACAUCCAGCCGCGAUGCAGCACGGCGGGCAGCUCAGAUUAGCCAAUUUACCUUUUGUAAUGAUCUCGACGACGCUUUUGACCUUCCUGAAUCAUCCUUAUUAGACGUAGAGCUGGACCAUUGUGAAACGUUAGUCGGAUAUAUUUUCUCUCGGAUCCUUCCUUCGCACCUGACCGUUUGAUUUUCCUCGAAAGAGAGAGAGAGAGAGAAGCAUCCACCCACCGCUGAAACGUUCCAUGCAGUAUGAAUAAAAACGAUCGAUAAAAUAAACCGCCACAAGUUCGAGAGUCUUUCUAACGCGAUAACGUGAUUUAUAUUGUACACCUGUUAUUUGGAUGCGUUGUUAUCAAAGGCUGUUACUAACCGUCGUUCCCUAUGAUUUAUUGUUUAUUAAAUACGUUUGAAUGGAAAAUAUAGCCUUUACACGACGUAACAUAGUCCUUUAAUCAAAACUAGUCUUUAUACCUUGCGAGAAUUAUUCAAUAUUCUUUACGGACUGUAAACCGUAGCCUAUACGUAUUGUCUACGUCAAUAAGCGUACCUCACGAAAGUCUGUAUAGGAGAAUAUAACGAGAGUGAAUCGUACCUCGGAAUCGAAAGCAUCGUAACGUAUACGUAAAAGAUGUGCAAGGAUAAAAUCGAUAAAUAUUUAACAAGACCGUCACGAUACACAAUCACUUAAGAAGAAACAUGCCAUUUGCGAUCCGAGCUGGAUCUUGGUAGCCUAAUACUAUUUUCUGUGUAUAUUUCAUACACAUAUUUUUCCAACUUGUUAAACUGCGCGCCGAUUGUCGGUCUUAAAACAGUUAUUGUUGGAACAUUAAAAUCCCCUCUGUCGCCCUAAUUAAAUCGAUUCGAUUUAACUUUCUUAUUAGCAUCUAAAUCACUGUGAAGAAUUUACUGCAAAAAAUAUUACCUCAGCCAGGGUUCGAACCUGGGUGUCGUACCAAUUCGACGCACAGAUUGAGAGAGGUUCCAUAUUAUAAUAUUUUUCGCAGUAAAUUCUUCACGCAGAUUUAGAUGCUUAUAAUAUCAAAAUAAAAUCGAUUUAAUUACGGGAAAGAGGGGGGAUUUUAAUGUUCCAACAAUAACUGUGUUUUAAGUCUGACAAACAAUCGGCGCGCGAUUUAAUAAGUUGGAAAAAUAUGGGUACAAAAUGCACACAGAGAAAAGUAGUAUUAGGCUACCAAGGUCCAGUUCGGGCCGCAAAUGGCGGUUUCUUCUAAAUUGACUGUAAAAUCGAUAGUUAUAUAAACCGAAACGCUUCUUGCCUCGUGCAAGAGAUGAAAAAAAAAAGAAUCAAAUUUUCGUUUGUGCUGAAACACGGUAAAUGUGCGAUUCAGGGCGAAGAACAGGGUAAACGAAAAUCGAGUACAUUUGCGAAAAUAUCUGCCAGUUACUUAAUUUCGGGUGCUCCAGACCCCCCGAGCAACAGGUAACGUUACAUCUAUUUUGCUUUACCCACGUUUUUACAAGACAAUAUACGUUGCGCUUGCCAAGAAAAAGAGCUGCGUACAUGUUAAUGUUACAGGAAUAAUUUAGAUUUCGACAUAGAGAGAGAUUCGUGUUAAAAUCUAUUACGUUGUGAGAGGAGAGAAUCACGUAUAACGAAAAAUAAAAAAAAAAAAAUAUAUAUAUAUACAUAAGAUACACUGUAAAGCCAUUAAAAUGGAAAUAUUCGAUGAUGUGUGAAUGAGCGUGUCACGCUGAGGUAUGAUUGGAAUCAUUUGCAAACAGAACGCGUUCAUACAAACGGUAUAAGUUUUUGUGCAGCGGAAACUGUUCCUUAUAACGAGAUCGUCUUCAAACCCCGAUGAGAGAAGAAGCUCCGAUAAGUUUGACGCGCUCGAACGAAAAAUAACGCUUCGGUAACCAUCGAAUGUUGUGUGCUACAAUCACGUUAAAUUUCUAUUUCGCCAAUUCGAGACGGACCUAUCAAACGUUUCGCGCUUCAUUUCAUACCAAACAAUUUGACGGCGUGGAUCUAUAGUGCGCUUCGAAUGACUGUUAUAGAGCUCAAAUGUGGUGAUGAUAAUUAUGAAAAGAGAUUAUAAUUACAAGUUUGGCAUCAUAAGGUUCGAGAUUGUAAUUGUCGAGGAAAGUUUGUCCCCGUUUACCGUACGAACAUUGAUAUGUAAUGUGUCUUUGUUUAAUCUAAUGCGUUACCUUAGAACAUAUGUACCUGGAAGGGGAACGGAGGAUCGAGCCUGUGUCCAAAUCGGGUGCGAGACGGUGCGAGAGAGAGAACUCGAAGAACUAUGUUUUUUUUUUCAAGGAAAGAGUAUCUCCGUCCGCAAUGCGCGAGCGCGAAUCGCGCCGUAAAAGCGCGGUGAGCGUGACGUCAUCCCUACGCUUGCGCAUUGCGAGCGAAGAUUGAUCUGCCUCUCUCUCUCGCGCCUAAUUUGAAUACAGAUUUUUUCCACAGAAAGCAUAUAGGAAAUUUCUCUUCCACGUGUAUACGUUUCAAGUGUGUUACCUUUAAUAUAUUGUGUCGCGCAAAAAAAAGCAUAGUAAAGAUUCUAUUAUUUAUUGAAGAAGAAAAAAAAAUAGCUUAAUUUUAUUAAUGUUAGAUUGCAUCUCGAAGACUUGGAUUGUUUAACGAAUUUAAACGGUCAGUUUCGGAUUUACGGCAUCUUGGUCUCACAACACACGCUUCUAUAUCGUUGUCGCUCUACAAAUUAGAGGGUGUACGCCGUGCGUUUGGCCGGGAAAUUAUUCGACGUUGUGUGGACGAUUCGAGACUCUCCGACCACUUCUUGAUUUGGCGAGUCUAUUAGAUAAUAGCUAUUUGUUAUUGUCGUGCAAAUAAAUCAAUUAUGAUUAAA